AGAUCGGGUGUGUGAGUUGUUCUGAGCCCCGCGUGGUUCAGCUCAGCGCAAGUCCAAAAUUUCGUGAUGCAUUAACUGUGAUGUCGAGGGUUGUGGCUGCGAGACAAGAUGUCGCUGCUGUCGUCGGUCAUCAACCGGCUGUGUCGCGGCCAGCCGGACUCGCCGUUCCAAGUGGUGGAGAUGAAGGAGCAUGCGUAUGCCGACCGACUCGUGCGCAUGCGAGAAGACUGCCUCGUGUUGUACGCUUCGAUACCCAACGCGGGGGGCAGCAAUAACGAAACCGUCGUCGUUGCGGCGACGGACCCGUCGACGACGGGUGCGGUGGGAGCGGCGUCCUCGGGGACAACGACGACGACGACGUCGUCGAUGAUCGCGGCCCCGGUUCAGCCGCCGGUCUUGUACGAGGUCGUGUUGCACAAGCCGAUUCACGCCAAGGAUGGAUGGAAAGCUUUUAGCUUGGUGCGAGUGCAUGAGGAGCAAGUUGCUGAGGCUGAGUUCAACUUGUACAAGACGAAAUUUCCCAUUUUGAUGGCUGGGUAUCCGGGUUUAUUCACUGUUCGCUUCCUGGAAAGAAUGUUGGAAUUGAUCCACAAACAUCCCACGUGGACCUUGGCUCACUUGGCUGCCGAAAUGGACGUUCCUGAGGCAUUUUCACUUCCUGCUGUCCAAGCGAUGAUCAACGAGCAAGACGAGGACAGCGAGUGCGCCCUGCACGUGGCCGUGAAGCGACAGAGUCUGCGGUCCGUGGAAGCCAUGAUGACCUGCGAACCCCGACUGGACGUGCGGGACAGCAAGGGCUCGACGGUGUUCCACAUGGCUGCCCUGUCCAACGAACGGAUCAUCGCGACGCUGGCCAGGGCCGACAGUCCAGCCGUCAACACGACCAACGACGCCGGCUACAGUCCGCUGCAUCUGGCCUGCAUGGCGGAUAAGCCCGAGUGCGUGAAGGCGUUGCUCGUGUGUGGCGCCGAUGUGAACAGCAUGGCCAUUCGCCCGCCGGGGGAUUACAAGCCUAUCGACUCGCAUGGGCCGGCGGCGCACGAGCCCAGGUUAGUGGUGGAUUUGACUGGCCCAAAAUCCAACAGAUCGACACCGUCUCCGCCACCGACUCCACCGCCUGCGUUAACAGCCAAAGACAUUCUUACGCAGUAUCCGAGGCAGUUUGACAACACCCUUGAGAUUUGCGAAGUUCUUGUCGUGAUCCUUGCUGGAGUUUUCAUCGAAAAAUUUGCGUCGACGCUUUUUUGGGGAGGGAAAUUAUCCCUUUGUGUUUCUGCUUUCUGGUGA